AUGGGCGGUAUGAUUGCUCAAGAGUUAGUUCUGGAAAAACCUCAUUACGUGAAGUCUCUUUGUUUAACUUCAACAACAUCUGGUAUGACCUUACCACCUCUGACCGGCGUGAUGACAAUUGGAAGACUUUUUUUAAUCAGAGAUCCCAUGCAAAAAACGCGUAUUCUCUUGAAUUUAUUGUAUCCUCAGGAAUGGUUAAAGGCUCCCGCUCCCACUGGUUCAUCCCAUAAGACCAACGAAGAAUUUUUAUUAGAGGAUUUGCGCAGACGUAUUGAAAGAACUCGCCUUCAACCAAUUAACGCCGAACAACUUGGUGUUGACGUCGAAUGUUGGGAAGGUUCCGGGCAUGCUUUAUGUUCCGAACAGUCAGAAAAAUAUAAUGCUAUGCUGGAAAAACAUUUCCAAAAAGCUGGAUUGAUAUAA